CUAAUGGCUGCCCACAGAAGUCAGGGUCAGCUUGAGAUGCACCUAUAAAUGCAAGUGCAGCACGAAGCCCCCAGACAGGAACUUGAAUCAAAGUCGGGCCGCAAUUAUGUUCUUGCUCAUUAGUUGUUUUGCACUUGUGGCCUCCACACUGGGGUGUGGAGUGCCGGCUAUUAAGCCCCAGGUGAGUGGAUACAACAAGAUUGUAAACGGUGAAAAUGCUGUGUCCGGUUCCUGGCCCUGGCAGGUUUCUCUUCAGGAUGGCACUGGAUUUCACUUCUGUGGAGGAUCACUGAUCAACCAGUAUUGGGUCGUCACAGCUGCUCACUGUCGUGUGUCUCCAUCAUACCACCGUGUUAUCCUGGGUGAGCACGAUCGGCAGUAUAACAACGAACCUAUUCAGAUCUUGGGUAUUUCCAGGGCCAUCACCCACCCUUACUUCAACUCAAACACCCUUAACUUUGACAUCACGCUUCUGAGGCUUUCCUCCCCAGCACAGCUGAAUACCCGUGUGUCUCCGGUGUGCCUGGUCUCUUCCAGCAGCAGCAUCCCCUCUGGAACCAAAUGUGUCACCACUGGCUGGGGCAAGACAGGACAAACCUCGAGCCCUCGUUUCCUGCAGCAAACCACCCUGCCUCUGCUCAGCCCGGCUCAGUGCAUGAGUUACUGGGGUUCCAACAGAAUUACCGAUGUCAUGAUUUGUGCUGGUGCUUCUGGAGUGUCCUCUUGCCAGGGUGACUCUGGUGGCCCUCUGGUGUGUGAAAGCAGUGGUGUGUGGUACCUCGUGGGUAUUGUAUCUUGGGGCACCACCAACUGCAAUGUGUAUGCCCCGGCAGUGUACUCCCGCGUGUCCUACCUGCGCAGCUGGAUUGACCAGACCCUUGCCUCCAACUAAUGAGCAACACACUAAUACAAACAAACUGUUAAUGUUAGAUAAUACUGAGAAUAAAUAGAAACAGUGCCCCACAGUGUUGCUGUUUGGUGCAUUUGCUAGAAAUCAAGCAAUAAAAUCUUAAAGAUGA